CUGAGUUGACCCAUUUUACCACUCCUAAGUGAUAGAAUCCUAUCUUAUAUAGUACUAUAUUGCAAAAAAACAAAAACAAAAUAGUGAUAGAAUCCUUAUUUUCUUAGUUUAACUAUAACGAGACAUUUUUAACCCGUUUUUCACACGCAAUUAUACCAAAUGUCUUACAUGCAACUAUCUCAGAAGUUUUACGAAGCUUUCAAGCUUUGUGGGUCGCCACCCAUGGCUCGCAAACUUCAUGGCCAACUCAUACUCUCUGGUUUGGACGCUUCCCUUUUCUUACUCAACAAUCUACUACAUAUGUACUCCAACUGCGGCUUGGUGGACGAUGCUUUCUGUGUUUUCCGCGAAGCCAAUCAUGCUAAUGUCUUUACUUGGAACACAAUGCUACAUGCCUUAGUCGAUUCCGGUCGAAUGAGGGAAGCAGAGAAAUUGUUUGAUGAAAUGCCGCUGAGAGUGAGAGACUCUGUUUCUUGGACCACCAUGAUAUCCGGCUACUGUCAGAACGGCCUCCUAGUUCAUAGCAUCAAAACUUUUAUGUCAAUGCUUCGGAACUCUAAUAAUCUAAUUCAAAAAUAUGACCCCUACAACUAUACUUGUACAAUGAAGGCUUGUGGCUGCCUUGCCUCCACUUGUUUGGCUCUUCAGUUGCAUGCCCAUGUCAUCAAGUUGUAUUUUGGAACCCAAACCUGCAUUCAGAACUCCCUUGUUGAUAUGUAUAUUAAGUGUAGAGCAAUUGGGUUGGCUGAGGCUGUUUUUCACAACAUUGAAAGCCCCAGUCUGUUCUGUUGGAACAGUAUGAUUUAUGGGUUUUCUCAAUUAUAUGGACCCUACGAAGCUCUUCAUGUGUUCACCCGAAUGCCUGAACGUGACCAUGUUUCUUGGAACACGCUGAUCUCGGUGUUCUCUCAACACGGCCUUGGGGUCCACUGUCUUGGUAUGUUUGUGGAGAUGUGCAAUCUGGGGUUAAGGCCCAAUUUCAUGACUUAUGGUAGUGUGCUCAGUGCAUGUGCCAGCAUUUCUGAUCUGGAAUGGGGUGCUCAUUUGCAUGCUCGGAUUCUUCGCAUGGAACAUAGACUGGAUGCGUUUUUGGGAAGUGGUCUCAUAGAUAUGUAUGCCAAAUGCGGAUGCUUAGGACUGGCGAGGCGUGUGUUUGACAGUUUAGGGGAACGUAAUCAAGUUUCUUGGACUUGUUUGAUUGCUGGGGUGGCACAGUUUGGACUCGGUGAAGAUGCUCUGGCACUAUUUUACCAAAUGAGACAGGCUUCCGUGGUGUUGGAUGAUUUCACUCUUGCCACAGUUCUUGGUGUUUGUUCUAGUCAAAAUUAUGCUGCCACUGGAGAACUACUUCAUGGAUAUGCAAUCAAAAGUGGGAUGGAUUCCUCUGUUCCUGUAGGGAAUGCAAUCAUUACAAUGUAUGCAAAGUGUGGUGAUACUGAGAAAGCUAGCCUUGCAUUUAGAUUAAUGCCACUUAGAGAUACCAUAUCAUGGACGGCCAUGAUCACUGCAUUCUCUCAGAAUGGAGACAUUGACAGGGCCCGUGAAUGUUUUGAUAUGAUGCCUGAGCGUAAUAUCGUAACUUGGAACUCCAUGUUAAGCUCAUAUAUUCAGCAUGGAUUCUCGGAAGAAGGCAUGAAAUUGUAUGUUUUGAUGAGAAGCAAAGAAGUCAGACCAGAUUGGAUCACUUUUGCAACUUCAAUCCGGGCCUGCGCUGACUUGGCUAUUAUAAAGCUUGGGACACAAGUUGUAUCUCAUGCCAUUAAGUUUGGGUUCAGUUCGGAUCUUUCAGUUGCAAACAGUAUUGUCACCAUGUAUUCCAGAUGUGGACAAAUCAAAGAAGCACAUAAGGUUUUUGACUCAAUACAUGUGAAAAACCUAAUUUCCUGGAAUGCCAUUAUGGCAGCAUUUGCUCAAAAUGGUUUAGGUAAGAAAGUAAUCGAAACAUUUGAGGAUAUGUUGAGGACAGAGUGCAAACCUGAUCAUAUAAGCUAUGUUGCUGUUUUAUCUGGGUGCAGCCACAUGGGGCUUGUAGCUGAAGGGAAACAUUACUUCGAUUCCAUGACUCAAGUGUAUGGCAUUUAUCCAACAAAUGAGCAUUUUGCUUGUAUGGUAGAUUUGCUUGGUCGAGCAGGGUUACUAGAUCAGGCCAAGAAUUUAAUAGAUGGGAUGCCUUUUAAGCCAAAUGCUACUGUUUGGAGUGCCUUACUAGGAGCGUGCCGAAUCCAUCAUGAUUCAAGACUAGCAGAAACUGCUGCGAAGAAGUUGAUGGAAUUAAAUGUUGAAGAUUCUGGAGGUUAUGUCCUUUUAGCAAACAUAUAUGCGGAGUCUGGGGAGUUAGAAAAUGUUGCUGAUAUGAGAAUGCUGAUGAAAGCGAAAGGAAUUCGAAAGAGUCCAGGUUGUAGCUGGAUAGAGGUUAAUAACAGGAUACAUGUGUUCACUGUAGAGGACACCAGUCAUCCGCGGAUAAAGGAGAUUUAUAUGAAACUAGAGGAAAUGAUGAAGAAGAUAGAAGAGACAGGAAGAUAUGUUAGUGUUGCCUCUUCUGCUCAUAGGAGUCAGAAAUACCAUAGUGAAAAGCUUGCUUUUGCUUUUGGGUUCCUUAGUUUGCCAUCUUGGAUGCCUAUACAUGUAAUGAAGAAUCUCCGUGUCUGCAAUGAUUGUCACUUGGUAAUAAAGUUGUUGUCUUUGGUCACCUCAAGGGAACUUAUCAUGAGAGAUGGAUAUCGAUUUCAUCAUUUCAAGGAUGGGUUUUGCUCAUGUAGAGACUAUUGGUAGUGUGGGGUAAACUAUUCUUUGUAUAUCUGCUUCCCCUCCCAUUGUUUCUGCCUUAUUUAUACCUUUUUCCUUCUCAAAAGUCGGCAAGCAUUAUUUGAAAAGAGUAAGUUAACUA